AUGAAAUUCGUUUUAUUGUUAUUGUAUACGAUUUCUUUUUAAGGUAUACUUAGUGAAACAGUUGAUGAGAAGAACAAAUGCGAAUGUAGCAAGAUAUAAACAAUUGAAGAGUGUAAUAUAAAUUGUGAAUGGAAUAAAGUAGCAGGAGAAUGUUAAAAGCAAACUCUUCCGUUAAUAAGAACAAGUUAUUGUUCCUAUUAGAAAGAUAAAUGUAAUAAAACUAUUGGUUGUGCUAAUUAUAAUGGUAUUUGUGUUCCCUUUACUGGAUGUACAGCAAUCAAAUAAAAUACAAAUUAAGAAUGUUAACAAUAUUCAGAAAUUUGUAUAACAGAUGGUUCAAAAUGUGUAGAAAAAAGUGUUUGUGCAGAUUAUAAGACGAGAUUCUCAUGUCGUAAUAAUUACAUUAAUUAUGAAUGGCAAGGAUUUUGUUUUUGGGACAAAAAGGAAUGUAGAAAUGCAUAAGCUUGUAAUGAGUUAUCAUUUAGUUUGAAAAACGAUGCAGAAUGUAGAAAAUAAUUAAGUUGGUGUACAUUCAAAUUAGGAGGAGGUUGUGAAGAUUCAGGAGAAUUAUGCAAAGAUUAAAAAAUUUAGCAAUAAUGUAUAACUAAUAAGAAGGGUGAUGUAAAGUGUCAUUGGGAUGGUUAAGCUUGUAAUGAUUACACAUGUGGAAAUAUAACAAAAGAUUGUAUAAAGAAUGGAUGUUCUAUAGACAAGGAUUCAAAAUGUAUUGAUAGAUUAGAUUGUGAUAAAUACACCACUUAAUAAUCGUGUACUUAUAAUAAAUAAAAUAUUUAAUGUAUGUGGGAAAAUAAUACUUGUAAAAUUAAAUCAUGUGAAAAUGCUAGUACAACAAGAUAAACUAAUUAAUAAUGUUAAGAGAUAAAUUCAAAUUGUAUUACUUAAUUUGGAGGGGGAUGUAGGAAUAAUGGAGAAUGUGAUUAAGCAAAUAACAAAGCAGGAUGUUCAUAAAAUAUUAGAGGUGAAACUUGUUAUUGGAAUGGAUAUUAAUGUGUAUUAAAAUAAUGUUAAUGGGCACCUGCUAGCUUUAAGAGUGUUACAUUAUGUAAAAAUUUCUAAUCUAAUUGUGUUUAUAAUGGUAGUAUAUGCAUUGAAGAUGGAUGUUAUGCAUAAUUAACUCAAUCAACAUGUUCAGCUACUGGAUAAUGUUAAUGGUAAGGUAAAUGUGACAUAAAAACUUGUGAGACUGCUGGAAGAGAUACCAAAUAUACUUCUCAUGAAGAAUGUUAGAAUUAUCUGUCUACUUGCACUUUGAAUGAUUAGGGAAUUGGAUGCAUGAUGAUCAAAUAUUCAUGUAAUCAAUAUAUUAAAUAGAUUCAAUGUUAUUAAUCUAUUUAAAGUAAAUGUUCUUGGUAUAAUAAUUAGUGUUUAGAAAGUAAGUGUGAAUAUUUAAAUUAUAAUACACAUUACUAAUGUUAUAAUUAUCUAAAUAACUGUACUACUGAUGGAACCAAAUGUAUAUAACUUUAAUCAUUAUGCAAUUCAUACACUUCAGAAAAGUCAUGUAAUAUUAAUUUAAAAAAAUAACCUUGUAUUUGGUAGGAUAAUCAAUGUAUAGAAGUUGCAUGUGAUCUUAUUCCAAAAAUUGAAAAUUAUAAUACUCAUUAAAAGUGUAAUUCAUAUUAAUCAUAAUGUACUGUUUUAAAAUAAAUUACUGGAUGUAUUGUGAUGCCAGUUGAAUGUAAAUUAUUAAAUUAAAAUUAAUGUUUUGCAAAUAAAUGUAUUUAUACAGAUGGAAUAUGUCGUGAAAAAUAAUGUUCAGAUUACAAAGGGGAUAUUACAGAAUCUAAUUGUGAAGCUUUUAAUGAAGGUAAAAAGUGUAUGAGAGGUCCAUUUUUGAUUCCUAAUAGUUGUGUUGAUAGAGUAGAGGAGUGUUAGAAUAUUACAAAUGAAUAUUAAUGCAAUGGUGGAAAAGAUAAAAAUAAUAAUAAAUGUAGAUGGUUGUUUUCAUAUUGCAUAAAAUGGGAUUAAAAUAUAAUUAAAAAGGUAGAUGAUAAAUGUACAAAUCCAUCAACAUCUCUUGAUGACAACUUUUGCAUUCUUAAUAAGACAUGUGGUGAUACAGGUAUAUCAACAGUUGAGUAUACAGAUGAGAUAUGUGAAAAUUAUCUUAUGUCUUGCAAGAAGAACACAGCUAGCACUUGUGUAACUAAAACAACACUUAAUACAUAUGAAUGUGUCUAUUAUGUUAGCAAAAUAAAUUGUGUUACAUAAAGUAAUUGUUAUUGGUCAAUUACUAAUACUUGUAUUUAAUUAAAAGAUGAAUGUAGUAAUUUGGCCGAUAGAGAUGAUUGUGAAGGUAAUAAGGAUUUAUCAGGGACAUUUUGUAAAUGGAAUACUGUAAAUUCUGCUUGUUAAAAUAUUUGUUAAACUCUUGAUCCAGUUGGUUCCAAAUGUUCAACUUUGGAUUCAAAAUGUGUACUUAAUAAUACCAUAACUGAUAAGUGUAUAAAAAAGAGAUCAAAUUGUUCUGAUUAUGUUAAUUCAUAAUAAUGUUUAGAUGAUGAUAGAUGUAUAGAGAAUUCAGCUAAUUAAUGUGUAGAAAAAUAAUGUACUGAUUUGACAGAUAAUUUAACACAUUAAUAAUGUAAUUCUUAUAAAUCAGGAUGUACUGUAGCUUAUCCUGGAGGUUGUUCAACAUUAUUACCUAAUUGUUCGGAUUAUAAAAUUUAAGGAUAAUGUAAUCUGAAUGAUAAAUCUAAAAUAUGUUAUUGGUUUGAAUCUAAAGGAUGUUAUGAAAAGAAGUGUUCAGAGAUUACUUAUGAUCCAUUAAAACCAAAAACUUAAUGUUUAACAUUUUUUAGUGAUUUAAUUUGUAAUAUUAAUGAUUUAGGGAAUGCAUGUGAAGACUUAAGAGAUUCUUGUGAUAAAUAUAAAAAUGAAAACUAAUGUUAAAAAUAGUUGGAUGGUUAUGAGUGUAUGUGGAAAGAUGAUAAAUGUAUCUUAGCAGAUUGUUAAAAAAUAAUACUCAGUAAUUAUUCACAUACUGAUUGUAAUUCAUAAUAUAGCUAAUUAAAAUGUACAGUAAAUGGAACAAAUAAUGGAUGUAUUGAUUUAUAUACAAAUUGUAAAAAAUAUACUACACAAGAUUAAUGUAAAAAAACAAUAUUCAAUGAAGAUUGUGUUUGGAAUUAACUUUAUUAAUAAUGCAAUUUCAAAACUUGUAAAGAUGAAAUACCUCAAAGUUAAAAAUGCUCUGAUUAUCUUUCUACUUGUAUUGAACCAUAAUAUAAAUGUAGAAACUUUAUUUGUUAAGAUUAUCAUUUUGAUAAUGAUGAUGAAUGUAAGACAUAGAAUCCUAAAUGUACAUCAAAUGGUAGAUAUUGUAUAUAAAGAGGAACAUGUGAUUAAAAUUAAUAUUAAUAAGCUUGCAAUAUUGAUAUUAAUAAUAGAUAUUGUGGUUGGAAUUCUGUUAAGAAAUAAUGCAGUUAUUUAUAAUGUUAAGAGGCACCAGUUGAAUUGAUUUAUAAUUAAGAUUGUGAAAGGUAUUUUCCAAAUUAGAAUUGUAUAACUAAAUUAGGUGGUGGAUGUCUCAUUGCACGUAGUUGUCUUGAUUACACAACUUAAAUUUAGUGUGAUGUAAGUAAAAUUUUUGAUUGUAUUUGGGAAAAUGAAAUGUGUAGAUCUAAAGUAUGUAAAGAUUACAAAAGUGGAAAUCUAUUAAAUUGUUUAUCUAAAUAAUAAAAUUGUACUACUGAUGGUUAAACUUGUGUUGAUAUUAAGAAUUGUUCAAAAUUAUCAUAAUAGAAUUGCAAUAUAGGAAUAGAAGGAAAUUGUUUAUAUUUGAAUGGUCGUUGUUAACCUUAUAAAAAUUGUUAAUCAAUUAAUUUCACUACUCAUUAAGAAUGUUAUAAUGGUUUAUAAAAUCAAUGUACAACAGAUGGAACAAAAUGUAUACCUAUAACAACAUGUGAUGAAUACAACAAUUAAAUAUCAUGUAUAAAGGGAAUAGAAGGGGAUUGUGCUUGGGAUAAAUCUAAAUGUUCAAAGUUUACAUCUUGUGAUAAUUAUUAUUAUAAAACUCAUUAGGAAUGUUAUUCAAUUAAUUAAAGUUGUACAACUGAUACAGUUAGUUAGUGUAUUAAAUUAUUGGAAUGUACAAAUUAUCCAUUUUUAGAGAAUUGUAAAUUAGAUAAGAAUGGAAUAAUUAAAGAAAAUAAUUUAGUAAUUUAAUCAAAUAAAUGUGUAUGGAAAGAUAAUUAAUGUAAUCAUAUUACAUGUGUAGAUUUAUAUGGAAUUGAUCAUUCAACAUGUUAUUAAUAAUUAUCAACUUGUACUUCAGAUGGUGUCAAGUGUAUAAUUAUGGAAAAUACUUGUUCAUAUUAUUCAAGUAAUGUAUGUGAUACAGCAUACAGUAAAUAAGGAAAAUGUAAUUUUGUGAAUUCAACAUGUUCCUUAUUUGAUUGUUCAAUUAUAACUAUAGAGAAUUAAUGUAAAGCUUUAAGUCAUUGUCUAUUCAUUAAUAAACUUUGUCAAUUUUAUCAUAAAUGUCAAGAAUACAUUACAGAAAAAGAUUGUACUAAAGGUAUUGAUGGAUAGUGUGUAUAUAAGAAUUCUAAAUGUCAAUUAAUGAGUAAUUGCAAUGAUACUAAUUAAUAACAAUUAUGUAAUUCUAAAAGUUGUUAUUGGAAUUCUACAUCUACUACUUGUCAAUCUCAUACAUGUUAAACUUAUGGACUUUAGAAUCCUUGUGGUUAUUUUUAUAAUUACUAAAUGACUUAAAUUACAUUUUGUGCUUUCAAUAAUUAAGAUAGUUUAUGCAAAGAAAUCAGUCCAAUCACUUUUAAUAGUUCUGAUUGUUACACAAAAUCUCUUGGUUAUUUCUCUAAUAGAAAUGAUACUUGUUAAUCUUGUGUUUAUAAACCUUAACCUAAUAUUACGACACCAAUUAAUAAUAGCACAGAUAAUGAUAUCGAUAAAGAUGUAGGUGGAUCUAUAGUUUAUGUCAUAUUAAUCGGAUUAUUAAUUAUCAUUUGA